AAUAGGGUGUUGAACGUUUUAUUGACUUUAAUAGAUCAGAAACGCUGAAGAAAGAAUAGCUUCAAUGAUGGAUCGGGACAGAGCUAGUCCGUCCCCCUCCAACCUGCCGGAGUCCCCUGGUCACAACUCUCCUGGUAGCGCCUUACUGCUGGAUCUGAAGAGGGUGUCUGAGCGGCUGGUCGACUGCAGGAAAACAGCAGGGCAGAGUGGAACUGUGAGAGAAGGACACGAGGAGGGAGAUUUGAUAUCAUCAAGGGACACCCCUAACUCUCGUUCUCUCAGUGGGAGGGGCUUAUCAUCUGGGGAGCCUCAGCCACAUGAUGUGGCUGAAGAGACAGAGAAGAGUCUCUCCAAAUCAGAACAUCUCAAGAAACACCAGCAGAGAUGUACAGGGAAGAAACCUCACCACUGCUGCUCUGACUGUGGGAAGAAUUUCACAAGCCGAAGUGGCUUCAUUAUUCACCAGCGGAUUCACACAGGAAAGAAACCGCACUGCUGCUCUCAGUGUGGGAAGAGUUUCACUGCUUCUCAAACCUUAAAAUAUCAUCUGAGAAUUCAUUCAGGGGAGAGGCCUUACCCCUGCCUUGAUUGUGGGAAAAGCUUUGCUUUUUUGGGCGCCCUAAACAUACACAAGCUAACACACACUGGAGUGAAGCCUUAUAGCUGUGAUCAAUGUGGGAAGAGUUUCAGUCAGUCUGGCCACCUGACAACACACCAACUAACACACACUGGAGUGAAGCCUUUUAGCUGUGAUCAGUGUGGGAAGAGCUUUGCUCUAACUUCCUCCCUGACUAGACACCAGCGUACACACACUGGAGAGAAACCUUAUGUCUGUCUAUGUGGGAAGAGCUUUGCUGUAGCUUCCAAUCUGACUACACACCAGCGAACACACACCAGAGAUAAGCCUUAUAGUUGUUAUCAGUGUGGAAAGAGCUUUGCUUCUUCAGAAACACUAAUUAUACACCAGCGCAUACACACAGCAAAGAAACCUUUUUGCUGUGGUCAGUGUGGGAAGAGCUUUGCUGUAGCUUUCUCCCUGAUUAUACACCAGCGAACACACACUGGCGAGAAGCCUUAUACCUGUGAUCAGUGUGGGAAGAGCUUCAGUCAAUCAGUACACCUGAAUACACACCAGCGAACACACACUGGAGAGAAACCUUAUACCUGUGAUCAGUGUGGGAAGAGCUUCAGUCAAUCAGGAAACCUAAAUUCACACCAGCAAACACACACUGGAGAGAAACCUUAGAUGUGUGGAAAGCUUUGUUCAUUUAGGGCCUAUGUGGAAAAACACCAGAAAACUGAAAAUGUCUUGUAUUUAAUUUGCCUCCUAUCUGACACCGGUUCCAGAUCCCUAAAUAAAAGGAUCAAUAGAAAACA